GACGCUUUCUAGGUCUAUCCUUUAAACAAUUGCUGUAGAUCAGUUAACGUCUUUAGUCUGUUAAUUAUGUGUACAUUUUCAUAAGGAAAUUUGUAUUUCAGUUGCAUACAUUUUCCAAGGCAGAUUUUGAUUAUUGUGAUAUGCUGUGCAGUUGAUUGAACUAUUCGUGAACAUUAGCUUAAUUAAGGACCGAAUUAUUUGAGUUUUUAUCUUAAAAUUUUGUAGCGAAAUCAUGUCUUUAUUUACUUCAAAUAAUAGUAAUAUAAGUUUGGAAACGGAGUUGGCAGAAGAUGUGCCUCGUGAUGAGCGCUUGGCUCGAGUUGAAAUAGCCCUUUUGAGCAUCAUAUUUUUCAUUGCCGCAAUGUUCAACUUUGUACUCCUAUUGGUGCUGUGGAAGCGGAGGAAGCAGCUGUCGAGGAUGCGCGUCUUUGUUUUUCACCUUUGCCUGGCAGACCUGGUGGUCACCUUUUUCCAAGUUUGUCCGCAGCUUAUGUGGGAUGUAACGGACAGAUUCAUUGGUCCUGACAUAAUUUGCCGCCUGGUGAAAUACAUGCAGGUCGUUGGCAUGUUUGCCUCCACUUACAUGAUUGUAGUGAUGACCAUUGAUCGCUACCAAGCCAUCUGUAACCCCAUGGUGACUUUCCAAAGGCGCAGAGCGAGCUGGAACGUGCCUGUGUGCGUUGCAUGGUCCGUGUCCCUCUUCGGCAGUCUCCCUCAACUGUUCAUCUUCUCCCGAGUUCAAAUUGCGCCAGGUGUCUAUGACUGCUGGGCUGACUUCAUCAAACCUUGGGGACUAAAAGCUUACGUGACCUGGACCACUCUGGUGAUAUUUGUGUUGCCAAUCUUAACUGUUAUCGUUUGCCAGGUGCGUAUUUGCCGAGCUGUUCAAAUCAACUUUCACAUGAAAACACAUCAAGCAUCGGAAAUUGUCACCAAACCUCUGCACUCCAGGACCAGUAGUGUUGCUGGAGUGUCCAAAGCCAGGAUUAAGACCGUGAAGAUGACUGUGGUUAUUGUUCUUGUCUACAUUAUCUGUUGGACUCCUUUCUUCACUGUCCAGCUGUGGUCUGUCUGGGAUGUCCAAGCACCCACUGAGACUGCAACUUUCUCUGUCCUGAUGCUUCUGGCAAGUCUGAACAGCUGUGCAAACCCCUGCAUCUACCUGCUCUUCAGCGGGAAGCUCCCCAAGAGACUCAUGGCGGUGUGUGUUAGCCAGUCGGACAUUAAGGACUCCAUACAAGAAGAAGCCACUGUGGUCAGCUCCUUGUACAUCAGUUUUAAGAGCCUUUCCGAAUCCAGAUGAAACAAGCGGCACAGCGCUCUCUCGGGCUGAUAGAGCUUGAUGUAUACAGUUGAAGUCAGAAGUUUACAUACACUUAGGUUGGAGCCAUUAAAACUCAUUUUUCAACCACUCCACAAAUUUCUUGUUUAACAAACUAUAGUUUUGGCAAGUUGCUUAGGACCUCUACUUUCUGCAUGACACAAGUCAUUUUUCUCAACAAUUGUUUACAGACAGAUUAUUUCACUUAUAAUUCACUGUAUCACAAUUCCAGUGGGACAGAAGUUUACACACACUAACUUGACUGUGCCUUUAAACAGCUUGGAAAAUUCCAUAAAAUUAUGUCAUGGCUUUAGAAGCUUCUGAUAGGCUAAUUGACAUCAUUGAGUCAAUUGGAGGUGUACCUGUGGAUGUAUUUCAAGGCCUACCUUCAAACUCAAAGCCUCUUUGCUUGACAUUAUGGGAAAAUCAAAAGAAAUCAGCCAGACCUCAGAAAGAGAAUUGUAGACCUCCACAAGUCUGGUUCAUCCUUGGGAGCAAUUUCCAUUUUUUUUUAAACUUUAUUUUACUAGGCAAGUCAGUUGAGAACAAAUUCUUAUUUUCAAUGACAGCCUAGGAACAGUGGGUUAACUGCCUGUUCAGGGGCAGAACGACAGAUUUGUACCUUGUCAGCUCAGGGAUUCAAACUUGCAACCUUUCGGUUACUAGUCCAAUGCUCUAACCACUAGGCUACCCUGCCGCCCUGCCUGAAGGUACCAUGUAAAUCUGUACAAACAAUAGUACGCAAGUAUAAACACCAUAGAACCACGCAGCCAUCAUACCACUCAGAAAGGAGACGUGUUCUGUCUCUUAGAGAUGAACGUACUUUUGUGCGAAAAGUGCAAAUCAAUCCCAGAACAACAGCAAAGGACCUUGUGAAGAUGCUGGAAGAAAUAGGUACAAAAGUAUGUAUAUACACAGUUAAACGAGUCCUACAUCGACAUAACCUGAAAGGCCGCUCAGCAAGGAAGAAGCCACUGCUCCAAAACCGCCAUGAAAAAGCCAGACUACGGUUUGCAACUGCACAUGGGGCCAAAGAUCGUACUUUUUGGAGAAAUGUCCUCUGGUCUGAUGAAACAAAAAUAGAACUGUUUGGUCAUAAUGACCAUCGUUAUGUUUGGAGGAAAAAUGGGGAGGCUUGCAAGCCGAAGAACACCAUCCCAACCGUGAAGCACGGCAGCGUCAUGUUGUGGGAGUGCUUUGCUGCAGGAGGGACUGGUCUACUUCACAAAAUAGAUGGCAUCACGAGGGAGGAAAAUGAAGUUGAUACAUUGAAGCAACAUCUCAAGACAUCAGUCAGGAAGUUAAAGCUUGGUCACACAUGGGUCUUCCAAAUGGACAAUGACUCCAAGCAUACUUCCAAAAUUGUGGCAAAAUGGCUUAAAGACAACAAAGUCAAGGUAUUGGAGUGGCCAUCACAAAACCCUGACCUCAAUCCUAUAGAAAAUUUGUUGGCAGAACUGAAAAAGCAUGUGUGAGCAAGGAGGCCUACAAACCUGACUCAGUUACACCAGCUCUGUCAGUAGGAAUGGGCCAAAAUUCACCCAACUCAUUAUGGGAAGCUUGUGGAAGGCUACCCGAAAACAUUUGACCCAAGUUAAACAAUUUAAUGGCAAUGCUACCGAAUACUAAUUGAGUGUAUGCAUACUUUUGACCCACUGGGAAUGUGAUGAAAGAAAUAAAAGCUGAAAUAAAGCAUUCUCUCUACUAUUAUUCUGACAUUUCACAUUCUUAAAAUAAAGUGGUGAUCCUAACUGACCUAAGACAGUGAAUUGUUACUAGGAAUAAAUGUCAGGAAUUGUGAUAAACUGAGUUUAAAUGUAUUUUGAUAAGGCGUAUGUAAACCUCCGACUUCAACUGUAAAUAUAAAGAGCAUAUUCCGUAUACAGGUCAUUCUAAGGUCAUCUAUAUCUUAGGGGAAAAAUGAUAAUUAUUUUUGUACAUGUCAUACACAACUAAAUGUUAUAGCACAUCUGUUUGUUUUUUUAACUCUGAAAAUGAAUAUAGACUGGGAGCUGUGUACAAAUAUGUAAAUAGGCCUACUGACAAUGUUAAGAAACCUUGUUGCACAUGUACAUUUGAACAUAGAGAUAAGGCUAAUGAUGAUUCAUGAAUUUUAACAUCCAACCAUUGAGCUGGUUACAUGAUAUAUACACAGUAAAAUCAACAUACACUACUGUUCAAAAGUAUGGUGUCACUUAGAAAUGUCCUUGUUUUUGAAAGAAAAGCACUGUUUUUGUCCAUUAAAAUAACAUCAAAUUGAUCAGAAAUACAGUGUAGACAUUGUUUAUGUUGUAAAUGACUAUUUGUAGCUGGAAACGGCUGAUUGAUAAUGGAAUAUCUACAUAGGCGUACAGAGGCACAUUAUCAGCAACCAUCACUCCUGUGUUCCAAUGUGAAGUUGUGUUAGCUAAUCCAAUUUUAUAAUUUUAAAAGGCUAGUUGAUCAUUAGAAAACUCUUUUGCAAUUAUGUUAGCAGAUCUGAAAACUGUUGUGCUGAUUAAAGAAGCAAUUAAACUGGCCUUCUUUCGACUAGUUGAUUAUCUGGAGCAUCAGCAUUUGUGGGUUCGAUUACAGGCUCAAAAGGCCCAGAAACAAAGUACUUUCCUCUGAAACACGUCAGUCUAUUCUUAUUCUGAGAAAUAGAAGGCUAUUCCAUGCGAGAAAUUGCCAAGAAACUGAAGGUCUUGUACAACGCUGUGUACUACCCCCUUCACAGAACAGCGUAAACUGGCACUACCCAGAAUAGAAAGAGGAGUGGGAGGCCCCGGUGCACAACUGAGCAAGAGGACAAGUACAUUAGAGUGUCUAGUUUGAGAAACAGAUGCCUCACAACUUCUCAAAUGGCAGCUUCAUUAAAUAGUACCCACAAAACACCAGUCUCAAUGUCAACAGUGAAGAGGCAACUCCGGGAUGCUGGCAGAGUUGCAAAGAAAAAGCCAUAUCUCAGACUGGCCAAUAAAAAUAAAAGAUUACGAUGGGCAAAAGAACACAGACACUGGACAGAGGAACUCUGCCUAGAGGGCCAGUUUGUGCUAACCCUAACCAUAAGAGCCAGUUUGCACUAACCCUAACCCUAGCACUGAGAUGCAGUGCAUUAGACUGCUGCGCCACUCGGGAUCCCCUUUGAUGAUGCUAAAACAUUUAGAGUGGAGACCAUUGUGAAGUGAAUUUACAAAAGAUGGACACAUAAUGGACACAUAAUAUCAGAUUUACUGAUGUAUGAAUAACUCAGCCAUCUCCUAACCAAUGCCUUAGCUCUUCUCAAAAGAAGUUAAGUGAUGUACCAUGAGCAUAAAUACUGAAUUUGGAGAUAAGUUUGAAUGAAAAUACGUUUGUCAAAUGUUAUCCAAAAUUACCAAGAUUGAGGAAAAUCUAUACUAAUGGAACUUUUGGAUCCUUGAGGCAAAUUGGUUCAGUAUGAAGAAAGACACAUACAGUUGAAGUCGGACGU